AUGUCCUCGGGGGAUCGGUUCGAUGCCUGCCAGAACAGGGUCGAUGGCGAAAGACUCUCGCUGAACUACAUUCGCUACGGUGCCGAUGUGACCAUCGAUCCGGGUGAACUUUCGGAGUUCUAUCUGAUACAGAUUCCGAUCGCAGGCACGGCGCAAGUCAGGAACGGAAUCCGAUCCGUUUACUCAACACGUUCCGUCGGGGUUGUUUUGAACCCGGACCGACAUACCACGAUGCGUUGGCACGAAGGCUGUGAACAGGUUCUGGUCCAGAUCGAAAAAUCCUACAUGCGGGAUAUCGCCGUCAGGAUGACGGGUGUGGACGUGAACUCGAUCCGUUUCUCGCCAGGGUUGGAUUUGAACCAUGAAUCCAUCGCCUCAUGGGCAUGGCGCCUGCGCGCUUUGUUCGGGGCGGCGGAGGCCGGACAGGCUUUUCAGGGGUCUGACCUUCAGCAGCAAAGUCAGCUGGAAGAGGCUUUGGUGAUGUCGUUGCUGGAGGUGCAGCCCAGCACUGUUUCGCACUUUCUCGGAGAACGGCGCAGCGGCGCCUCGCCGGCGAUCCUGAAACGGGCGUUGUCGCUAAUCAACGAGCAAUUCGGGCAAGACAUCAGUCUUCUGGAUAUCAGCGCUUUCGCCGGAACAACGCCCCGCAAUCUGCAGAUCCUCUUCAAGCGGGAGUUGGGAUGUACGCCAAUGGAAAAACUGCGGGACGUUCGGUUGAAUUUUGCGCGACACCUGCUGGUAUCAAGCGGCAAACAUCAAUCCGUCGCGGACAUUGCCGAAAAGUCCGGGCACCGCCACGCGGGGCGGUUCUCACUGGCAUACAAAACGUGUUUCGGCGAAUCUCCAAAGGAAACUCAACGCCGCCGCCCGUUCGGAUAG